AAAGGGAGCCUAUAUAUGGGGAUGAAAAUAACUCAAUUGUGGGAUGCACAGCACCCUUCUGCAGCCAUGGGGAGGACAAGCUUCAUCCUCAUCUGCCUUUGGGUCUGGAACUCAGCAUUCUGGGUUACCUGCCUCGGUAGGAGCUUUGGGACACAUUUUGCCACCUCCUUUAUGCAGAAUUUUGACCAGCAAGGCAAGCUUGAAGUGCAGAUCAUCGCUUACUCUGACUCGACCACCGUGACAGUCUCUGUCCCUUGUGAAGGCUGCCCACAGGAAGAGAACUUUGAAAGAAGGCUCACUGUCGAUAAGGGGAAGAUGGUGCAAGUUGAGCUCCCAAAUUUUGUGGAAAUCAUGGGCAGCAAAGUUUUCUCUAGCGUUGUCCAGAUCCAGUCAGACAAAGAUGUGUCGGUGGUGUCCUUGAGCUCCAAGCCUUAUAGCACAGAAACUGCUCUGCUCUACCCUGUGAGCAGUUUAGGGACUGAGCAUUAUGUUGUGGGUCCUGCCAUAGGCCCUACAGGAUAUUUACAAGAGUUUGCUGUCUUAACCACCCAGGGACCGAAUGUGGUCGAUAUCCACCUGACGAGCCCAAUUACCUUCAAUGGGCAAACAUACACCGCAGGAAGUAAACUGAGUGUGACACUAAAUGCUUUCACUGGAGUCCAGUUGCAAGGAAAAGGUGAUCUCUCCGGCACUAGGAUUGUUUCUCAGCUACCAGUGGCUGUCCUGUCCGGCCAUGCCUGUUCGUGGAGGUACACUAAAUGCAACCAUGUCUUUGAGCAGCUCCUGCCCGUGUCCAACUGGGGGAAGACGUUUGUGGCCCCUCCUAUACCUUGGCAGACCAAAACUGACACCCUUUAUGUCUCAGCAUCCCAAGCCACCAUCCUGAACUACCAGAUGGGUACAUCAAAGCAGACGAUAAGCCUGGGAGGUGGGCAGAUCCAGCAGAUUCAGAUCUCACCCCAAACCCCAAUCUACCUCUCGGCCGAUGUUCCGGUACAGGUGUUCCUCUAUAGUAAUGGUGGGAGCACCCAGUCUUUUAGCUACGACACCUUCUUGAUAGGGAUUCCAGACAUUGAAAGUUACAGCCUCUCGUACAAUGUGAAUGGGCAAGUCGGCUUUCAGAACUCUAUUCUUUUGGUGGUGAAGAGUUUGGAGACUGGUGGUCUCACGGUGAAUGAGAAUCUUCUGAGCGGAGUGAAGUGGAGUCCAGUUCCUGGCUCAGAGUACUCUUGGGGGAGCUAUGACCUGCCAGAUAUACUUGUGCCCUACAUAGUGGCAAACCCCCUGUCCCAUUUUUGCGUCAUCAGUGUGGGCAUUGCAAAUAUGAAUGGCUAUGGGUCGUGUGGUGCCGGCAGAGACCCUGAACCAGAACUCACCUGUAGCAAUGUGCUGUGUCGCAGAGGCAUGGUGUGCAAGAUGAUAAAUGGUCUACCGCAAUGUGUGCCAUCCUCUAAUGCUACCUGCUGGGCAAUGGGUGACCCGCACUACAACACUUUUGACGGACGCAAGUAUGACUUCCAAGGCACUUGCACCUACACUUUUGUCAAGACACGUGCUGAAACCUUUGGACUCCCAUCUUUCCAUAUCUUUGCCAAGAAUGAAAACCGGGGGAACAAAGCAGUGUCCUAUGUGACCGUGGUGACAACUGAGGUUUAUGGGUAUACCAUCACCAUGACCAGAUCAGAAAUUGGUUUUGUACAGGUCAAUGGUAUCCGGGCACACUUGCCCAUUUAUCUGAAGGAUGGGAACUUGCAAAUUUUGCAGGUUGGCACCUCUGCCAUACUUUCCACUGACUUCCAGCUGAAGGUAUCUUACGACUGGAGUCACCAUCUCCGUGUCACCAUCAGCAGUGCUUAUCAGGAGGCUGUGGGUGGCCUAUGUGGGAAUUAUAACAAGAAUCCCAGCGAUGACUUCGAAACCCCUGCAGGCACCACAGCCCCUAACAUCCCGGCCUUUGGUGAAAGCUGGGAGGUGACGACUAUAGGCAGCCUUUGCUGGCAUGAUUGUAAUGGGCCAUGUAAGCCUUGCGAAUCCGAUCAGGCCCAGAAGUAUGAGUCAGAGGCCUACUGUGGUCUGCUAACCAAGGUUUCCAAUGGCCCCUUUACCUCUUGCCAUGCCAAGGUGCCCCCCACAAUCUACUUUACAAACUGUGUGUUUGACGUCUGCUCCACCGAAGGCAACAAACAGUCCUUGUGUGAUGCCCUGGCAGCCUAUGCCGAUGCCUGCCAGAGCGAGGGAGCCCAAAUUGGUGACUGGAGAAGGGACUCUGGAUGUUACCUGGACUGCCCUCCGAACAGCCAGUACCAAACCUGCGGAACAGCCUGCCCAGCCACCUGCAUGGAUGACCAAAUUCAAGGGCCAAAGCUCUGCCCAGCUGUGUGUGUCGAAGGCUGCCAGUGCCUUGAGGGUUUUGUGCUGAGCCAAGGAUCAUGCAUCCCCAAGAGCAGCUGCGGUUGUCUGUACGAAGGGCGCCCCUAUGCCCCCAAUGAGGCUUUCUGGGCGGAUGACAUGUGCCAUAAGCGUUGUGUGUGCAACCCAACCAGGAGGGUGGUGGAGUGCGCAGCUAGUGCUUGCAAACGAACGCAACGAUGCCAAGUGGUCAAAGGCGUGCGGGGAUGCUAUCCGACUGGGAACAGCACCUGCUCUGCAUCCGGAGAUCCCCACUACUUGAGCUUUGACAAAAAGAGAUUUGAUUUCCAAGGGCCCUGUGCCUAUGUGCUUGCUGAGGUUUUCAACAGACCCCUGGAACUGGAAGGGUUCAGUGUCUAUGUUCAAAAUGAAUACCGGGGAAAUACUGCUGUGACCUGGACCCGGAGUGUUCAAGUCAACGUCUAUGAUGUUGAGAUUAUAGUCAGCAGGCAAUAUUCAGGCAAAGUCUUGGUCGAAGGCUUGCUCACCUUCCUUCCCUAUAGUGCAGCUGGAGGAAGAAUCAAGUUAUAUAGGAGGGGCAAGAAUGCUGUGAUUGAGACUGACUUUGGCCUCGUGGUGACUUUUAACUGGGACAGCAAGGUGUCAGUCACGGUGCCCAACACCUAUGCCGACAUUCUGCGUGGCCUGUGUGGGAACUUCAACGGGAACCCUGAAGAUGAUGCCCUUGUGCCUGGGAGCAUUCUCAUUCCCGAUAGGCCAGUAUUUGGCGGCAGUGGAAUUGAGAAUAUUGACCCAAAAUGCAAGGAGAUAGUGGACCCCAAAUGCCCAGGGAUAGAAGAAUUAGCUGCCCAGCAGCGUGCAGCAGGCCAGGAAUGUGGGCUUAUUGUAGCCAAGGAUGGGCCCUUCCGGGAGUGCCACGGCCAGGUUGACGAAGAGGGCGCCUUCCAAGAUUGCAUUUACGACUAUUGUUUCUACAAGAGACGCUAUGCCUUCAUGUGUGCGGCCAUCGCCAGCUAUGCCGCAGACUGCCAAGCUGUUGGGGUCACCAUAUACACCUGGAGGUCUGCAACCUUCUGCCCCCUACCCUGUCCACUCAACAGUCACUAUGAACAUUGCGCCAAGGGCUGUGACCAGACCUGCAGCAGCCUGCAUGUCCCGCCUCGAUGCCCGGAGAAGUGUGAGGAGGGCUGUGUGUGCAAUGAGGGCUUUGUCAGGAGCUCUGACACUUGCGUCCCUAUGUCUGAGUGUGGCUGCUUCUACAAGGGACGCUACUAUCCAGCCUUGGAAGAUUUCUAUCCAACUUGCGAGGAACGUUGCAGGUGCCAGGCUGGUGGAAAUGUGGUGUGUGUUACCGCUCCCUGCACCCCCAAUGAAGAAUGCAAAACGGUGGAAGGGUACCGCAAGUGCCACGCAGUUGGAAAUGCCACCUGCUCGGUGGUUGGUGACCUCUAUCUGUCCUUCGAUGGCCGAAUCAUUAACUUCCAGGGUACCUGCACCUACGUCUUAACCAAGCUGCAGAAGCCAACCCAGAGCUUGAAACCCUUAGUUGUUAUUGUCAAGAAUGAGCCUUGGGGCAAUGGGGAGAUCACACUUCCCACGAUGGUCUAUGUGGAGGUCCUUGACAGGCAGCUUGUUUUGCUGAGGAACAACUGGGGAGUAGUGCUGGUGGAUGGAGUAUUGCAGCGCCUCCCUGUGAAUCUUUUGUAUGGGCGUCUCAGAAUCUUUCAGCACGGGCUCAGUAUCAGAAUAGACUCCACCUUUGGCUUUGCACUGACCUACGAUCUGUAUUCCCACGUGAGGGUCACUAUUCCCAGCAUCUACCAGGACCACGUAGGCGGCUUGUGUGGGAACUACAAUGGAGACCAGAGUGACGAUCUCCAGCUCCCUGAUGGCACCGUGGUCACUGAUGUGAAUGAAUUUGGUGCCGCCUGGAAAAUUCCAGUUGUUGGCGUACCCUGCACGGAUGGGUGUGGUGCAGAGGGCUGCUCAGUUUGUGCGGAGGAGAAGAAAGAAGCUUUCAAACAGCCCAGCUCCUGUGGGCUCCUCACUACAUCCAAUGGUCCAUUCAGUGCGUGCCAUGCCAUAGUGAACCCCGAGCCAUAUCUGAACAACUGCAUCAAUGACCUGUGUGUAGGAGGUGGUGACCAACAGAUCCUGUGCCAGAGCCUCCAGAGCUACAUGAAAGCCUGCCAGGAGGCCAGGGUCACUAUUGAGCCUUGGAGAAGUGCAACCUUCUGCCCCGUGACUUGCCCUGCCAACAGUUAUUAUACCACUUGUUCCAACAUCUGUGAAACCAACUGUGCUGGACUGACUGACCACAUUCGAUGCCCGGAAUACUGUGUCGAGGGCUGCCAGUGUGAUCCUGGCUUCUUCUUUGAUGGCCUGAAAUGCAUCUCCUUGGAUGAGUGUGGCUGCUUUGAGCGUGGCAGAUAUUUCCCGCCUAAUGAACCCGUGGUGCUCAAUGACUGCAAGGAGAAAUGCAUCUGCACUGCAGCUGGAGGGUUCAGGUGUGAGGCCAUCACUUGCCAAGGAGAAGAAACUUGUGAGGUGAUCGAUGGCGUCAUGCAAUGCCACAAGAAAGUUGUACCACCACCCAGCUGUACCAUUGUAAAGUGCCGAAGAGGCAUGGUGUGCAAGAUGAUAAAUGGUCAACCGCACUGUGUGCCAUCCUCUAAUGCUACCUGCUGGGGUAUGGGUGACCCGCACUACAACACUUUUGACGGACGCAAGUAUGACUUCCAAGGCACUUGCACCUAUACUAUUGUCAAAACACGUGCUGAAAGCUUCAGACUUCCAUCUUUCCAUAUCUUUGCCAAGAAUGAAAACCGGGGGAACAAAGCAGUGUCCUAUGUGUCUGUGGUGACAACUGAGGUUUAUGGGUAUACCAUCACCAUGACCAGAUCAGAAAUUGGUUUUGUACAGGUCAAUGGUAUCCGGGCACACUUGCCCAUUUAUCUGAAGGGUGGGAACUUGCAAAUUUUGCAGGUUGGCACUUCUGUCAUACUUUCCACGGACUUCCAGCUGAAGGUAUCUUACGAUUGGAGUCACCAUCUCCGUGUCACCAUCAGCAGUGCUUAUCAGGAGGCUGUCGGUGGCUUAUGUGGGAAUUAUAACGAGAAUCCCAACGAUGACUUCGAAAGCCCUGCAGGCACCACAGCCCCUAACAUCCCGGCCUUUGGUGAAAGCUGGGAGGUGACGACUAUUGGCAGCCUUUGCUGGCAUGAUUGCAAUGGGCCAUGUAAGCCUUGCGAAUCCGAUCAGGCCCAGAAGUAUGAGUCAGAGGCCUACUGUGGUCUGCUAACCAAGGUUUCCAAUGGCCCCUUUGCUUUUUGCCAUGCCAAGGUGCCCCCCACAAUCUACUUUACAAACUGUGUGUUUGACGUCUGCUCCACCGAAGGCAACAAACAGUCCUUGUGUGAUGCCCUGGCAGCCUAUGCCGAUGCCUGCCAGAGCGAGGGAGCCCAAAUUGGUGACUGGAGAAGGGACUCUGGAUGCUACCUGGACUGCCCUCCGAACAGCCAGUACCAAACCUGCGGAACAGCCUGCCCAGCCACCUGCAUGGAUGACCAAAUUCAAGGGCCAAAGCUCUGCCCAGCUGUGUGUGUCGAAGGCUGCCAGUGCCUUGAGGGUUUUGUGCUGAGCCAAGGAUCAUGCAUCCCCAAGAGCAGCUGCGGUUGUCUGUACGAAGGGCGCCCCUAUGCCCCCAAUGAGGCUUUCUGGGCGGAUGACAUGUGCCAGAAGCAUUGUGUGUGCAACCUGACCAGGAGGGUGGUGGAGUGUGCAGCUAGUGCUUGCAAACCAACGGAACGGUGCCAAGUGGUCAAAGGCCUGCGGGGAUGCUAUCCGACUGGGAACAGCACCUGCUCUGCAUCUGGGGAUCCCCACUACUUGAGCUUUGACAAAAAGAGAUUUGAUUUCCAAGGGCCCUGUGCCUAUGUGCUUGCUGAGGUUUUCAACAGACCCCUGGAACUGGAAGGCUUCAGCGUCUAUGUUCAGAAUGAAUACCGGGGAAAUACUGCUGUGACCUGGACCCGGAGUGUUCAAGUCAACGUCUAUGAUGUUGAGAUUAUAGUCAGCAGGCAACAUUCUGGCAAAGUCUUGGUCGAAGGCUUGCUCACCUGCCUUCCCUAUAGUGCAGCUGGAGGAAGAAUCAAGUUAUAUAGGAGGGGCCAGGAUGCUGUGAUUGAGACUGAGUUUGGCCUCGUGGUGACCUUUAACUGGGACAGCAAGGUGUCAGUCACGGUGCCCAACACCUAUGCUGACAUCCUGCGUGGCCUGUGUGGAAACUUCAACGGGAACCCGGAAGAUGAUGCCCUUGUGCCUGGGAGCAUUCUCAUUCCCGAUAGGCCAGUAUUUGGCGGCAGUGGAAUUGAGAACAUUGACCCAAAAUGCAAGGAGAUAGUGGACCCCAAAUGUCCAGGGAUGGAAGAAUUAGCUGCCCAGCAGCGUGCAGCAGGCCAGGAAUGUGGGCUUAUUGUGGCCAAGGAUGGGCCCUUCCGGGAGUGCCACGGCCAGGUUGACGAAGAGGGCGCCUUCCAAGAUUGCAUUUAUGACUAUUGUUUCUACAAGGGACGCUAUGCCUUCAUGUGUGCGGCCAUCGCCAGCUAUGCCGCAGACUGCCGAGCUGUUGGGGUCACCAUAUACCCCUGGAGGUCUGCAACCUUCUGCCCCCUACCCUGUCCGCUCAACAGUCACUAUGAACAUUGCGCCAAGGGCUGUGACCAGACCUGCAGCAGCCUGCAUGUCCCGCCUCGAUGCCCGGAGAAGUGCGAAGAGGGCUGUGUGUGCAAUGAGGGCUUUGUCAGGAGCUCUGACACUUGCGUCCCUAUGUCUGAGUGUGGCUGCUUCUACAAGGGACGCUACUAUCCAGCCUUGGAAGAUUUCUAUCCAACUUGCGAAGAACGUUGCAGGUGCCAGGCUGGUGGAAAUGUGGUGUGUGUUACCGCUCCCUGCACCCCCAAUGAAGAAUGCAAAACGGUGGAAGGGUACCGCAAGUGCCACGCAGUUGGAAAUGCCACCUGCUCAGUGGUUGGUGACCUCUAUCUGUCCUUCGAUGGCCGAAUCAUUAACUUCCAGGGUACCUGCACCUACGUCUUAACCAAGCUGCAGAAGCCAACCCAAAGCUUGAAACCCCUAGUUGUUAUUGUCGAGAAUGAGCCUUGGGGCAAUGGGGAGAUCACACUUCCCACGAUGGUCUAUGUGGAGGUCCUUGACAAGCAGCUUGUUUUGCUGAGGAACAACUGGGGAGUAGUGCUGGUGGAUGGAGUAUUUCAACGCCUCCCUGUGAAUCUUUUGUCUGGGCAACUUAGAAUAUUUCAGCACGGGAUCAGUAUCACAAUAGACUCCACCUUUGGCUUUGCACUGACCUACGACCUGUAUUCCCACGUGAGGGUCACUAUUCCCAGCAUCUACCAGGACCACGUAGGCGGCUUGUGUGGGAACUACAAUGGAGACCAGAGUGACGAUCUCCAGCUCCCUGAUGGCACCGUGGUCACUGAUGUGAAUGAAUUUGGGGCCGCCUGGAAAAUUCCAGUCCUGGGCGUAUCCUGCACGGAUGGGUGUGGUGCAGAGGGCUGCUUAGUUUGUGCGGAGGAGAAGAAAGAAGCUUUCAAACAGCCCAGCUCCUGUGGGCUCCUCACUGCAUCCAAUGGUCCAUUCAGUGUGUGCCAUGCCAUAGUGAACCCCGAGCCAUAUCUGGACAACUGCAUCAAUGACCUGUGUGUAGGAGGUGGUGACCAACAGAUCCUGUGCCAGAGCCUCCAGAGCUACAUGAAAGCCUGCCAGGAGGCCAGGGUCACUAUUGAGCCUUGGAGAAGUGCAACCUUCUGCCCCGUGACUUGCCCUGCCAACAGUUAUUAUACCACUUGUUCCAACAUCUGUGAAACCAACUGUGCUGGACUGACUGACCACAUUCGAUGCCCGGAAUACUGUGUCGAGGGCUGCCAGUGUGAUCCUGGCUUCUUCUUUGAUGGGCUGAAAUGCAUCUCCUUGGAUGAGUGUGGCUGCUUUGAGCGUGGCAGAUAUUUCCCGCCUAAUGAACCUGUGGUGCUCAAUGACUGUAAGGAGAAAUGCAUCUGCACUGCAGUUGGAGGGUUCAGGUGUGAGGCCAUCACUUGCCAAGGAGAAGAAACUUGCGAGGUGAUCGAUGGCAUCAUGCGAUGCAACAGGAUAGAGUCCCGCUGCUCCCUGAUUCCUGGAGCUCAGCUAUCCACCUUUGAUGGCCUUUCUGGGAAAGUCCCUGCUCCUGGCACCUUUCAACUGACGUCCCUUUGUGACUUCAACUCUGAUUAUUGGUUCCGUGUGAUUGUGGAAGUUUCGUCAUGUCCACCCAAUGGAGUAGUCACUGCCAACUUGCUCUAUUUCUUCUACAAGGGUCUAUUUAUUACUGUGAAUAGACAGAAGGAGGCCUGGGUGAAUGGGCUGCCAGUUCAGAUCCCAUCCAAAAUCACAGAGUCAAUAAUACUUAAUCUGUCUGGUGAAGUCAUCACCCUGAGUUCGCCUCAAGUUGAAAUAAACCUGAACCUAGCUGGAGGGGUGCAGGUGACUGCUAGUCCAGAUUUGAAAGGACAAGUGUGUGGGGCGUGUGGAAACUUCAACAAUGAUCAGACGGAUGACCUAAUUGGCCCAAAUGAAGUGAAAGUAAUUGAUGUUCCUGGGUUGUUGACAUCUUGGACAGCUAGAGAUUUCACCCCCUGUGUGGCGUGAGAGAACAUUCACUUGGUAAACUGAAAGUUCCAGACUGAAGCUACUGAAUUGUAGUAAGGGGAAACUGGUGUUUGGGUGACUGGUGAAAUGAUGAAUUUAAUCCUAUAAUUUGGGUAUUCCCUGGCAAAAUCUCAUUAGAAUGACUUUGUUCAGUAAAUCUAUUUCUUCAGAUCUUUUAAUUAAAGGUAUGUGAGAGGGAACAGAUUAUGCCUAAUAAAGACAUCUGACUUAA